UGUGUUACGUCAGACGUAGUGUGCGUGCGGGUGGCGUAUGAGCGUCCGCGCGCGCGGGGGAGGUUGGGGCUUGCGACUAGCAGGAGAGGCGUCGCAGCCAUUAGAGUCGGAGCCAAGGAGACGGCAAGAACUUUGGAUUUAGUGACAGCAAAAUGGGUCGCCACUUCGGAAACUUGAUCAGAUUACGGCACAUCAUCACCUACACCAUCUCUCCCUUUGAACAGAAGGCAUUUGCGAAUUAUUUCUCAAAAGGCAUUCCCAAUACGUGGAGACGAUUUAAGAGUCAAGUGUUCCGGAUUGUUCCUCCAUUUGUGGCAACAUAUCUUAUUUAUACGUGGGGCAACCAUGAACAUGAAUUGUCAAUGAGGAAGAACCCGGCUGAUUUUGCCAACGACAAAUGAAUGGUGGUCUACGGAGGGGAUAAUUUCUAAUGAUGUAGCAAGGGUAUUCCUGACCAAUUGCUCACUUUCACUGGAAAAAUUGACUCUGCUCAGAAAUAAAGUAUUUAUAGUAUA